AUUGGACGAGAGUACAAGAGGGUGGCGCAUGCGCGUUAUGCCGACGCCAUCUCUGCGACUACUGUGCCUAUUAUGUACUUGGUCUAAAGUAAAGUGAAUGCUAAUUCGUGGUAAAAAGUGUGAAUAAAUCAUGGAAUUACAUAUUCGCGAGUGAGAUCAAGUGUACGUUCAUAGUGAUUGAAAAAGACAGUGACAUCACGUAGACUUCGCUAACGGCGGGUCAUAUCUUGCGGAAGUUUCUUGACUAUAGCAACGCAUAUUUUUUGCGGCUAUCUCUGCCGCGGGCCGCCACACAGGACUUAUUUCAUGGGCUGCUCUCGAUUUAACAGCUAGUGCUUGUGUACGGCCAGGAGGCGAGUUUUAGACGCGUUUGAAAUGAAUUCUGCUUUAAAGCCGGUGCUGCCCCAGCCGGGAGUGCCGCAGCCGGGCGGACAGGCGAGCCCCGCGAAGGGGAACGUGGCCACUGCGAACCACACCGUAGGGCACCCGCAGGGCGCUCAGAACUCGCUGCACCACCCCGGCAACAACCUCGUCGGCCAGAACCUGACGCAUCACGCGCCCGCGCCUCAAGUACCUCACGCGCCGCCCCCCAUGGCGCCGGUGUCUGCCAACAUGGCACAAAUGGCACAGAACAUGAGUCACCAUGGCAACCUCUCGCAUGUCACCCAGAACUCCGUCGGCCCCUCUAAUUUGGCCGCCAGCCCCACAAAAGGCAGCAACCCAGUCACUCCUCUCAGUCUCGUCCAGGACAAGGCUCUUGCUCUGACUAUAACUCCUGAGAAGAGUGAGCCAGAUUCUACUGGACAUGCCAAUGGCACUAUUGACUCUCCAAAGUCUGGUGCAAAUGCUCCUGCUCCAUUGAAACCACAGAACCCUGAGUCUAACAAAGAUAAACAGGAUAUCGCUAAGACUUCACCAAGUACACCGAAACCACCUGAAAAGCCAUCAAGUUCACCAAGUACCCCACAAAAGUCUGACACUACAACUACUAACACUGAUGGUCCAGUACAACCCAAAGUGGCAACAGCUACCGAGCCUUCAGAGAAGUCCCCAUCAAAGCCAUCAGAGUUAAAACCAGCCCCGGCUGCAGAUGUUGCACCAACACAAAGUGACAGUAAGCCGGUUCCAGAGUCUGCUAAUGACAAUCAAGUGCAAGAGAAGGCACCAACUCCUGUAAAAAAGGAUUCUCCAGCAGCCGAAAGUCCAAAAGUGGAAAAUGUGCCUGAAGCAAAACCAGAAGAGAAAAAAGAGGAAGUCAAAGUGGAACAGAAGCCGGCAGACUCUGCCGAAGAUAAAGAUAAGAAAGAAGAAGUAGCCGCUGACAAACCUGAGAAAUCUGAAUCUCCUAAGAAGGAAGAGGUGGUUGACAAAGUACAAGAGAAGGUUGAGGAGAAAGCUGAGGAUAAGAAAUCCGAGGCUAAACCUGCCAAAGCUGACUCUAAGCCAAAGUCGACAAUGAAGUUGGCAACAGUGACACCACCGAUGCGCAAAAGGAGGCAGGCGUCACCCAGCAAGUCCAAUGAUGGGCCUUCAUCAGCCAAGAAGCCUGCAGAGGGAGAGAGCACUCCAGAUACAAGAAUGAAAAGGAAUAGGACUAAGGUGCAGCUAUACCAGUCUCCGACUCCUGAGUUGGCGAUGGCCACCAAGCUCUCCGCUUCAGCUGGCCGCUCCACGCCGACUAAACCUAAUGAUGAUAAACUUAUCGUCUUCUACAAGAACGAAUAUUUAGCAGUGCGCAACGCUGAAGGUGGCUUCUAUGUGUGUCAAGCAAUGCAAAACGUGUACCGUACUACGCGCAAGAUCAAGAUACGCUGGCUGUCACAGGACAAGACCGCGGACCCGGCGGGCGAGACUUACAAGCCUGACUUUUAUGAUGUCACAGACAUGGAGUGCGUGCUGACGACGCUGUCGCUGGCGCGCGGCGGGGGCGGCGCGCAGCUGCUCCGCGCCAGCGAGGCGGCCCGCGCGCGCUCCAUACUCACGCGCGCGCUCCACGCAGAGGCCACCGGCACCACCGCCACCGCGCUCACCGAGGAACACCCCGACGGACUGGACCUCUCAUUAUACAAAGAUGAAUCGCAACUAGAGAAGAAGGGCCGCAAACGCAACAGUUCGAAAUCAUCGCCGAGAGCCAAACUCGACAACUCUAAUGAUACAGAGGACUCGGCGACGCCCGUGAAACGCGCGCGGACAACGCCAAAGCGCAGUCCAAAAAGCGCUCGCAAAACAAAAGCACAAACAAAAACACAAACAAACAAUAAGAGAAAAUCGUCAGGUAGUACGCCCACUGUGGCGAGCACUAGCAAGGUAGGCAUAGUACAACGGAUAUAUAGAAAUACUGCUACAGCAGUGAGUGAGAAGUCUAAAGCGAAGAGUACACCAGCCAAGCGGACGCCAGCCAAACAGAAAGUGGAGACUCCGGUCGCCACACCCACGCGCAAAGGCAGGAGAGCAGCCGGUAAAGAAGCGAAAGCGUCGCCGAUAGUUCCGACGCCGUCCACAUCGACGGGUAAGACUACCCGCACGCCGAGGAAACCGCCCGCGAAGAAAUAAUACUUGUGUACCACAGUCGUGUGCCGACAGUUCUAUAAUGAACGAACUCUAUGACCAAGUACGUAUGUUAUGUACUGUUAAGUGUCUUAACGUUAAUAUUAGGUUCCCCGGGCCGAUAUUUGGAAUUCGUCAAGGAUUGGAUAAUGGAUGGUCUGUUCUUAUUUUGUUACGCUCGAUUUGGAAUUUGGUUAGUGGGUUAGUUGGACAUUAGAGUUUUUAUUUAAUGUUCGUUAACAUAUUAAUAUUAUAUAACAGAUGACUGGGUUGGCAGUGGAAAAUCCACCAAUCAGUCUUCUUCUGUUAAUAAGCAAUGCUUAGUGAACCAGGGAGGUGCAAAAGUAAACUAUAGAGACGGUUUUUUGUCUCUUUUAUUAAUUAAAAUAUAAAUAAAUAAUUGUCAAUUUAUUAACAAUGCAUAAUGCAAUGAAUGUAUAAACUUAAUUCAUUUCCCAACUUCCAUUUCCAGCGAGAAUGAGUUGUAUCUUUUAUUAGAUAUAUUUAUUGUGGAUCACUUCUGUCUGCAUCAUCAUGGUUUAUUGUAAUUUUACAUUUUGCUGGAAUCUGGUAUGAUAUAUACUUACUAAACAUAUUUCUUUAUAUUAUGAAAUGAAGUACAUUGUUAUAACAAAUAGCACAAUUUGUGUAUUUUUGCUUUCAAUACAUCUAUUGAUAAGUUACUUGGUUAUAAGAUUUUAAAUAAAGCGCAAUGUUUUGGGUUCUGAAAUUUUUGUAGCAACGAAAUUAAUUUUUAUGUGGUCACACCGCGACGGUGUCCGUCAUAUUUGGCGGGAAAUUGAUGUUGAAUGUGUUUAAAAAUAGGAACAUUUUAUGUAAGAACCCAGUCUGUGUUGCCAUGUUGGGUUAUAUUAUAUCUAACUUGUUUUAUAUGGAAACUUUCUGAUGUUUGAAACCUGAAGCAAUAAUGGAAUUUUGUGCGAACUUACACUACAUGAAUAUGAACUCGCAUAUUAUGGCGUUUUCGAAUUGACAAAAUAACGAAUGUUUUCAUAGCAAUAUUUUGCUGAUUUUGAGAGAUUAGAUAUAGAAUAAUGUUCUACCUCGGAAUUCGAUAUAUUUAGGGCAUUUUAAAAGAAAGGAUUUUUAUAUUAAUUCAAAUUUUAGAUGAAUUAUAAGAGUUGAUCGUGUAGUGUAAGAUGGCGAUAGAGUAAUAGUGACAGUCGACAUCACAAUGUAUUGAUAUUGUACGGUAUAUGAUAAGGAGAGUGGAGAGCGAAUUAACAGGUUAAUAUAGUUUUACUAACGCGAACUAACUACUAAAUGUAAGAAACUUCGUUCUUUGUAAAUAUUUACAUUUAAGGAAAUGUUAACAACGUCAUUUCUAGGGGAUAGCUACAUUUAAUGUUCGCAGUUUGAUGUCCAAAUACUCAAAUGUCACUCGAUUUUAAGUCGAGCUUAAGUAUUCUGUUACUACAAAUUCUUUGUAUAAUGACAGAGAUCGCUCAAUAUUUAAGGACAAGUUAAAAUUGAGUAGCCUUUUUGUAUUUGGGCGUAAGUAUUCCAUUUUCAAAUUAUUAUAAUAAACUUUUUACAUUAUGAAAUAUUGACAGAAUAUUAUAUUACACUAUUGUUGUCGUUGUACAGUUUGUAUUAGCAUAGCCAAGCAAUAGCUAAUAUUACGUAUCAUUUCUCCGUACAGCGGAAAGUCACUAUUUUAUGAAGAAAAUGAGAUUCGAAACUUAAAAGUAUAUUUUCUUACUGUUGUAAUUUCUUUUUUCUUUAAUUUUAUGCCAUAAAGAAUUGUUUGAUUUCUGUUUUAUUUUCUAUAAAAAAAAUAAUGUUACAAAUGUAAUGAACGUUUAUACUUUAAUUUUCAGUGACUGCGCGUUACGAAGACGAUGUUUUGAAAACUAUGUAAUAGGACGAUGCGUGUAAAUGUAGUUAAUCCCUAACCAGGUUGCGGUUGAUGAGACGCGGAGGCGGUCCGCCUCGACAAUUAGGCAAUAGAUUUAGAAGUUUCUUUUUAUUAAAUAAGAUUAGGCUAAAAAUUCUAAAGUUUGCGUAGAAUUGAAUUAGGUAUUGCGUCGAAAAUCUUGUAUAUCAGUACAAAAGAAUUUAAAAUUUAUCAGAUAAUGUUUUAUCAUUGGACGUUUUGCUUCACAUAAAAAUAUAUUUUGAUAUGAUCAGUGUUUAUUUUUGAAUUAAGAUAUAGAAAGUGUCCUGUCGCGGUUUGAGGGAACUGGGAACUAACCUGUCACAUGUUUCGAACUCGUCAUGUAGAAGAAAUUUGAAAAAUGUCUUCGUCCUAGUUCUAUGAUUUACUGUUUGGACCAAGCUAUUCAUUGUGAAAUUGUGAUUCAGAUUGUAACAUGUACAGUCGUAUACCAAAUGUUUUAAAUUAAUCACUGCCUGUACAAGAGGAACUAAAGUGUCUAGCUAGUAGAUAAAUGAAAUAUAUUUAGCAGUCACAACAGUUGUCAUGUAGGUCGCUCGCUCGCUCGCUCAGUCGCUCGGUCGGCAGCCCCAAGUACUUAGCUUGCUGGAGACUAGUUCAUCGACACGUUGACACGAUAGUACACAGGUUGGAACCGAUUCUACUUUAGUUACUUACCCGAUUAAGAUUGUUUAUACACUAGUGGUGAUGUCCUCAUAUAUUUUUUGUUAAAUUGUUUUCCAUUUUACCCUUACGUUGUUAUCAAUAACAGUGCUCGUCGAGAGCGUGAGAGUGUGUGUGAACAUUAGGAAAUCUUAAGUACCUAAAUUUUAGGUGGUAUUUUUAAAUAGGUUAAUUUCUUGAAGAGAAAUGAAUAAGCUUAGAGUAUAAAUUAUUGUGUGUGUAUUUUCUGUUUAUAACGUGUACCUACUUGAGUGGAACGAAUGUUUGCGACAUUGUCAUGGCACUCUGGUACAAUAGUUGUAAAACAUAAUUUUAGCGUUUUAUACAAAAAAGAUAUCAGUUCGAGAGUACUAUUGUAACAGAAAGUCCACAAAUUUAUAUGCAAUUUAAAAUAAAUAUAAUGAUUUAAGAAAA